AUGGAGGUAAAGGUAUAUGUUGAAGGUAUUCAGCGUAUCGUCUGUGGCGUCACGGACAAGACCACCUGUGAAGAAAUAGUCAUUGCACUAGCACAAGCUACAGGUCGCACAGGACGCUACACACUGAGAGAAAAGGUCAAAGAGUACGAGCGCAACGUGACUCCUGGAGAACGACUCCUGGAGUCCCUGACGAAGUACGGCCAGCAAGCCAGGGAGGUCCAGCUCACCCUGCAGCACUUGGGGCCCUCGCUGGGGGAAGGGACAAACGAGCCACUGGCUCCACUGAGGCGAGGCGAGGCAGAGGGGAGAACGCGGAGGGGGGUCGGAGGGGCCGGAUUGCACCGGCAGAGCCUCCCGCUGCUGUCCUGUCUACGACUUCACCCGGAGCCGCUCCCCGAGGAGCUGAAGAAGCCCAAGCGGAAGUCACUCACGCUGAUGGAGGAAGCGUGGGGCUGGCUGGAGAACCUGGGCAGGGUUGGGAGGCAGCAAUUAGGACGAGAUAAGGGCAAAUGCAAGGAUGACGAUAAAGGAGAUGGCCGCUCAGAUAGCGCAGGGGCCAGGCCCGGCAAAAUUGCCCCGGCCUCUGGGGCAUUGCAGGGAAGAGACAAAAAAGAGAAACACAAGUCAAGGGAGGACCAGACCAGGAUCAGUCGUCUUGGAAAAUGCGGAAAAGAAACCCUCGAAUACGAGGUGGUGGGAAGGAAUGUUGGAGCAGAACAGAGUGACGGAUCCUUCGAAGCGGUGAGGGGCGAGGAGGCGGAACUGAGAAGGAUAAUCAUCCAACAGCAGGCUUGUCUGAGGGAGCUGGAACUCAAAAUAGACUCCUCUGACGAGCAGAGCCGUCUACUUGAACUGCAACAAGCAGAAAGAUGGAGCGCGGAGCGCAUCCCACUGCUGUCUGAGGAAGAGGAGGAACAACUUGAGUUCUGGCUCAACGAACUGAAGGCAGAGGGGGAUUAUGAGAAAGACCUGCAGACAGAGUUCCUGCAGCUGAAGGAGAAAGUGGCAGAGUGCAAGAACAAACUGGAGGAGUACAAAGCCAAACUGCUGCACGCAGACGGGACAAGUUCCUCUGUUCAGACAGUCCAGUCAGAGGAGGUAGAAAGCACCUCGGGCUCAGCAAUGGAGGAGAAAACCGUAGCCGAUAGUCCAGGGGGAGGCAGUAAGGAAAGAGCUGCAAUUACCACAGUGGAUUCAAAACUCCCUUGUGUGUUGGAGUCAGCAAAUCAGAUAGAGUCUCAGCCAAGUGGGCCCUCGGAGCUAAGGGAAUGGUGGUCUCGCUGGGCCCAGGCUCAGAAACCCACCCAAGGGUCUACACCAAAGACUGUACACCGCUCAGAGCUAACAAUACACCUUGGAAGCACGAGGGUUUAA